GAGAGUGUGUGCUGGCGGGAGGAGGAGAGUCCGGUGUGUGUGCAGGGUGCGGCUCCACAGUGCGACAAUACACCCCAAAUAUCACCUCACUGUCACCCCGGGACACCCCUCUACCCAGGACUUCUCCCCCUUCUUCUAUACUCCACACUGACCCCCCAGGUCUUCUCUCCACCACCAUAACCUUUCUAUUCUUUAUUCGCCCCGCCCCCCGGAGGGAAGAGGCGAAGAAGGAGGUGGAGGGAGGAGGAGAGGAGAAGUUGUGUGUGGAAGUUGUCCGCUCUUUGUGUGCUCCGAGCCGGGAUCUGGGAUCUGUACAACCCGGAGGAGGAGAGGAGAUCGGUGGAUGUAUAGGGGGGUCUGCUGGGGAAGAGAAGAGGAAGACAUCUCCGCACACAGGAGAGGAGAGGAGGUCCUUGGCUCAGCACUUGGUUUGUCAACGGAUGUCUGAAUUUCAGGAAUAGAUUUUUGUUGUCAGGCUGACAAGCGGAGAAGCAGCCAGGAAAAAGGGACGUGUUAUCGGAAUGUUGGCUUUGCAAGCUCAGGGAGGAAACAGCAGGGAGCAAAAAACUGUGAGUGCCUGAAAAUGACUACGAAGAGGAACCUGUUUGUGCGGCUAGUGCCGUGCCGGUGUUUGCGGGGAGAGGAAGAAACUGUGACCUCGCUUGACUACUCUCACUGCAGCCUGGAACAGGUGCCGAAAGAGAUUUUCACAUUCGAGAAAACCUUGGAGGAGCUUUAUUUGGAUGCCAACCAGAUUGAAGAACUUCCCAAGCAACUAUUCAACUGCCAGUCUCUGAACAAGUUGAGUUUGCCAGACAAUGACCUAACAAUAUUGCCAGCAUCUAUAGCAAAUCUCAUUAAUCUCAGGGAACUAGAUGUCAGCAAGAAUGGAAUACAGGAGUUUCCAGAAAACAUUAAGAACUGUAAAGUUUUAACAAUCGUCGAAGCAAGCGUCAAUCCAAUUUCUAAACUUCCAGAUGGGUUUUCACAGCUGUUAAACUUGACUCAGUUAUACCUAAAUGAUGCUUUCCUUGACUUUUUGCCAGCUAAUUUUGGCAGGUUAACAAAACUUCAAAUUCUGGAGCUUCGGGAAAACCAGUUGAAAAUGUUACCAAAAACCAUGAAUAGGCUGACGCAGCUUGAGAGACUGGAUCUCGGAAGUAAUGAAUUCACAGAAGUGCCUGAAGUACUUGAACAACUAAGCGGCCUGAAGGAAUUCUGGAUGGAUGGCAAUAGACUAACAUAUAUCCCAGGGUUUCUUGGAAGUCUGAAGCAACUGACUUACUUGGACCUUUCAAAGAACAACAUAGAAAUGGUGGAAGAUGGCAUCGCUGGGUGUGAAAGUUUACAAGAUCUGCUACUGUCGAGCAAUGCCAUACAGCAAUUACCAGAGUCUAUUGGUGCACUGAAGAAGUUGACCACUCUGAAAGUGGAUGAAAACCAGCUCAUGUAUUUACCAGACUCUAUUGGAGGGCUUGUUUCCUUAGAAGAGCUGGAUUGCAGUUUCAAUGAAGUUGAAGCAUUACCUUCCUCUAUAGGGCAGUUUUCUCAGAUACGAACGUUUGCUGCUGAUCACAACUUUCUGAUACAUCUUCCCCCAGAGAUUGGGGCCUGGAAAAACACCACUGUGUUGUUCUUGCAUUCAAACAAAUUGGAGUCCCUCCCAGAGGAAAUGGCCGAUAUGCAGAAACUCAAGGUCAUUAAUCUGAGUGACAACAAGCUGAAGAAUUUGCCCUUUAGCUUCACAAGACUGCAGCAGCUCACUGCUAUGUGGUUGUCAGAUAAUCAGUCCAAGCCCCUUAUUCCACUGCAGAAGGAGACUGAUCCAGAUUCUCAGAAAACUGUUCUAACUAACUAUAUGUUCCCUCAACAACCACGAACAGAUGAUGUUAUCUUCUCCUCUGACAAUGAGAGUUUCAACCCCUCUUUGUGGGAAGAACAGCGGAAGCAGAGGGCUCAGGUUGCCUUUGAGUGUGACGAAGACAAGGAUGAGAGAGAAGUUCCAGCAAGGGAAGGAAACUUGAAGAGGUAUCCAACCCCAUACCCAGAUGAGUUGAAGAACAUGGUUAAAACGGUUCAGACUAUUGUACACCGGUUGAAAGAAGAAGAGAAGGGUGAGGGGGCCAACAAAGAGCCAAAGAAUGAAGUUCAACCUCUCCUGAAGGAAACAGCAGUGAAGACGCUGGAGUCUGCUCCAACUAAGCCUGAGGAUGAAGAAAAGGAAAGGCUCCUUGUCGGGAACUGCAUGCAGAAAGCAAGUGAUCCAGAAACUCAAAAAAGCAUUGAAAAUUCACAGCCGAAUAACCUUGUUAAAAAUGUCUGGAAUGCAAAAACUAUUGUCAACCAUGAUGAGACACUUGAGCAAGAAUCGGAAGAUUUGUCAUGUGAUGAAGAGAUGAAGAUGGCUGAAAUGCGGCCGCCGCUUAUAGAGACAUCCAUGAAUCAACCAAAAGUGGUGGCACUAAGCAACAAUAAGAAAGGAGCCUGGAAAGAUCACCCAAACAGGACUCCUACAAACUGUCAGUAUGAUAUUAAAGAUGCAGACUCUUUAUCGGAUGAAAUUACCCAAAACAGCAAUCAGAACAACAGUAAUUGUUCCUCACCAUCCCGUAUGUCAGACUCGGUCUCCCUGAACACAGUCAGCAGCCAUGAUACCUCCCUGUGCUCGCCAGAAAAGGAAUCCAGAAUUGCGACGAGCAUUAAAUUAAGACAAGAAGAUGAAAACUUCAACAACCUUUUGCAUAAUGGAGGAAAACUGAAUGCUGUUGGUGAGAGACAGAUCACUGAGAUCCCAUCACUGGACAGUGAAGAGAACUUGGUUCAAGAGAGAAGGGUCAAUAAUACCGACAAACCACACAACUUGAACCAAAUCAACAUAAACAAUAACCUUACAAAUGAUGAAAGCUUGCAUUCGGAUACUCCAAAGAGGCAGCAUAUCUCCCAGCAAUUGAGGUCUGGAGAGGCAUUUUUGAACAAUAAUGAGAAAAGGGAGGCUAAACCUCUCGAAAACAGGAAGCCCUACCCCAAUAUGUGUGCAAUGAAUAAGGUUAAUGGACACUCUGCAGAUGAGGAUAUGUCUCCAGAUAUGAGUGAGCCUGUCAGGAGCGCGUCAGAGGAUUCAGUGCCUUCAUUUGACAUGUGUGUUUCAAAGAGCACAGAUGAUUUGUCUCCACAGAUGGGAGAACCUGUGGGCCAUGUUGUGAAAUCUCACAGCAUAACCAAUAUUGAGAUGGGAGAGCUAAGGAUCUAUGACAUCCUGAGUGACAGCGGCUCUCCGCAAUCAUCGUAUGUUGGCAAGAUGGCUUUGGCAAGUGCUGAAGGACAGAAUAUUGUUAGGAGCAAGUCAGCAACUUUGCUGUAUGAUCAGCCAUUGCAGGUGUUCUCUGGUUCGUCUUCCUCAUCAGAUCUGGUAUCCACCGGAAAGAAAAAUGUGUUCAAAUUCGAUUCCAACCACAACCCUGAGGGGACAUACUCGAUGAGAGGACCUCCAGGUUCCCAAAUGUCUGCUGUGCCUCAGUAUAAUGUUCAGUACAGUAGCAGUAGUGCUGCAGCCAAAGACAAUUUGUGGAACCAGAAACAAAUGGCCUCAAUGGAUCAAGGAGCCUUACCUUCUCCACGCUUUCAUCUGUCCGACAGCGUAGAUAGCCCCAGUUACAUCAAACACUCUGCCAAUAUGAACUUUUCUAAUCAUAACAAUGUGAGGGCAAGUAACAUGUAUGGUGUGCACCAGAGGAUGGGACCAAGGCACGUGGAGGCAUGGGCAAUGUCCCAGAAUGAUCGGCUCCAUCAGGGACUAAGCCGUAACACUCUGCAAAGACAGGGCAGUGUCUCUUCUAACGCUUCUAUGUCCCUGGGCGAUGCAGGGCCCGCAAGGAGGGUUGUUGUACCUGAAGGGGACUACAUGACUUACAGGGACAUACAUUCAAUGGGCCGACCUUCACACUUGAUACCAGGCCCACAGAGACCACUCUCAGCCAGGACAUAUAGCAUUGAUGGUCCUAAUGUGCCCAGACCACAGAGUGCACGGCCUUCUGUUAACGAUAUUCCUGAGAGAACAAUGUCUGUCAGUGAUUUCAAUUACUCUCGGACUAGUCCCAAAAAACCAAAUGCUAGGGUUAGUUCUGAACACUCCUUACUGGACCCUCCAGGUAGGGGUAAGGUACCUCAUGACUGGAGAGAACAGGUCUUGCGGCACAUAGAGGCGAAGAAGAUUGAAAAGAGCAUGCUGUCACGGUCCUUUAAUUCCACUUACACUGCAUCUAGCAGCUCUGUGUAUGGCAGCUCUAGAGAUCUGCAUGGCAGUCAAGGCAGUGUUGCCUUGAAUGUUGCUGACAGAAGAGGUUCUGGUGUUCACAUACUUCGUCACCCGACCACUGGCAGCACUGGAGAACCUGCACAGGACGAUGUGUUUGGGCCUGGACAGCAAAAUUAUGCAACCUUGCUUCACAAGGAGAAUUCUACUGAUGGUGCAAAAAAGAUGCAUAUGAGCAAUGGACAGAUGUGCCCACCAUCAAGAGCUCAGAGCAACUAUAGCCAGCUCCAUCAUCAUUCUGCCCAGCCAUCAAUGGUACGGAUACGACUGAUAAAGGAUCCUGAACUGGGCUUUAGUAUAUCAGGAGGAGUUGGUGGGAGAGGAAAUCCCUUUAGACCUGGAGAUGAUGGAAUAUAUGUAACAAGAGUACAGCCUGAAGGACCAGCAUCUAAACUUUUACAGCCUGGAGACAAGAUAGUACAGGCAAAUGGGUACAGUUUUCUGAAUAUUGACCACGGACAGGCGGUGUCUUUGCUAAAGAAGUUUCAGGGUGCCGUAGAGCUGAUCGUUUUACGGGACGGAGCCGUGUAACAGAAAGGACAAUUAACUGAAAGCCAGCAAUGCGUCAAGAGACUAAUUAGUAUAUUUUUCUAUGUAUAUAAGAGAAAAGCAACUUAGAAAAAAAAAAACAUGCACUUGGAAUUUUGAUAAACAAGAAAACCUAUUUGUACAGAAAUGUAUUGUGAAAAUGUGUGGUUUAGGGGAGUAAACCACUGCAUAUAAAGCAGCUGGGUCCCAAAGGCCUUGCUGCUCCGGUGUGAAUGUUUGAGUAGUUUUGCCUACAAGAACAAACCUGUGUUGUUUUUGUACAGAAUGUAGGUUUAUUUUUGGACGACGUGUGUUACUAAACUCUGUAAGGUUAAAAAACAUGAGCCUAAAUUGUAGCUAGCAGGCGGAGGGGGGCACAACCGCCUCUACUGUAGCUAUAUGUAAUGUAGCUAUAUGUAUGCCUUUCUCUCUUCACACCUGGUAUCACUUUUGUUUUUAUUUUGUUUUAUACAUUUUAAAAUUUAAAACCACUUGUGUCAAAACAGACUGAAUCAUGAUGGCUUUGUUAUGUAUACUCACUGUUGUUGGGUGAUACAGCAAAGUGGCACUUUUUUUGGUUGGCUGGGUAAUGCAGCCUUCUGUCCUAUCUGGUAUCCAGGGCUGUAUCCGAUAUAAGUGGUCUUCAUUCAGAAUAUAGGGUCUCGUUAUUGGAAUUUUUUUUUUUUUAUUAUAGGCACCAGUGGCUUUUUUUUUUUAUUAUUAUUAAGAAGUGCUCUAUCAAGAAUCUAGCUCUUCGACAUGUUUGAAGCACAUUUUUUUAAAUUCUUUUUUCACACUUUUUUUAAUAGUAACAGACAUUAUUUUAUGGGACGUGUGUUUACAUAUUUUCUGAAUCUGUUCUCAUGUAAUUUAAGAGAUGCUUUUUGCUAGGCCUGGGAGGUACUACAAAAAUCCUGGCAGAUUAAGCCUAGGGCAAAGCAAUCUAUGUACAUGGUGCCUGAGAGCGUUCUAUUUUAAAUUUAUUUUUCCAAACUUAAUGACCGUAAUGAAUCCUUCUUUAAAUCCUCAGUUUUUUUUUUUUUUUCUGGAUUGCGUUCCUCCACUGUCCCAUACACUGAAGUGCCAAGUCUGUGAUGGUGGUAGCUAGCUACCAGCAGCUUGCAUGAUGGUUUGAGAAGCAAACCUGCCUGUGAUUUCAACCACCACACAAGCUGAUUUUACACCUGUAUCAUUUCUUUUAUCACAUGGGACAGAGUGGCCUCUUGCCUUGCUAAAUGUCAUAGUGAUUGGUGCUAGGUAACCAAAGUACGUGUGUUAAAAAAAAAAAAAAUGACAGAAGGAUUAAUGAGAAUAGCUGCAGGGUUUAGGAAUGGUCCCAUGGACCUGUUGGUUUUUACUUAGAGGCAGCGAUUGAAGGGCUCUUUCUACAGGGAACAUUGAAAUGUGAACUUCUACGAACUAGAGUCAUUAAAGGCUAUCUAUAACUAUAUACUGUUUUAGUGAUUUACCACGAGCUGCCUUUGUUCCUUGUUAAUGUAAAUAUGUUUUUUUUUUCUUAUUUUAUCUUUCACAAAGGAACAUCAUUCAUGUCUAUUUUUGUGUCUCUGGUGUAAAUGGGUGGGGAUUGCAGUGAUUCUUAAAGAAAUACAUGGUUCAUAAAGACCAGGGAUAAGUGCCAUAAAUGACCAAUAACUGUUUAUUUUAGGGCUGUUUUUUUUUUUUUUUUUUUUU